GUAAAAGAAAACGAAAAAAUGACUGUUUUCACUCAAAAAUUGAUAACUCUUCCAUUUUUUAGUACCAUUUUCGUACUAUAGGAGGUCAUUAGAGCUGAACUAGGCUGGGGCGUUUACCCCACAGUGCCAGUUAAGGGCUAAUUGCAUAAUUGAUAAGUUGCGAAAUAAGAUAUUACGUGUGAUUGACAUUACAUGAAUCGAAAGACAGAGAGUGGCAGGCCGAGAAUAAAGGAAAAAUCGAUUUCUACAUUUUUCGCGUAUUUGUCAUCUUCACGUUUAGGUCAGCGCUUUUGUUACAAACGUUUGUUAUCGAUAACUGCGCUAAAGAUACCGCUUAUCCGGACCGAUAGAUAAAUGAUAAAUUCAUCGGGCGAUAACGAGGCGGAUAGAAAUUCAAGUACAAAUGAUCGAACAGUCUUCCACCGGUGGUUAGCGCGGGUUCGCCAACCGUCCCUCGAAACGGAUCGCUUUAUUUUACCGGGCAAGUUUCGGAAAUAGAAGUCUCAGGUGGAGAUAUCGAUCGAUCACUUUCUCUCUAUCUCUAUCUCUCUCCGCGUUUUGAUCGUUCCUUAUCUCCCGCUCGUCGCCGGAGACGGGAACGAGAUCUUCACUUCGCGAUUAUGAUGCGGUACACGGAAGCGGACCCGAUGGCAGAGCGAAGUUACGCGCAGCAGCUCAACAUGUCGACGAACAAUGGCGAGCAGCAAUCAUCACAACCGAUCGGUCCGCCAGCGACGGCGACGUCAAGCGCGGCGACGCAGACGAUGGAGCUGCAGGAGAACGCGCCGAUCAUUUACGCGAACAGCACCGUCAUCACGAUGCAACCGGAAGAAGGCGAAAGUCGAUUCCCUCGUAGGCCAAUUCCCAUCAGCACCCUUGACUGGAUCUCGACACCCAGGGCGCAGUUGAACUCGAUCUCUGGCACGCAGUUCCUGGACGGCGUCGAGCAAUUGGAAAUUCAGCAGGUUAUUGAUUUGAGUACUCUACUCGGGAGAAUGGAUAGGAGCACUCAGUACAGGGUGAAAGUGCCGCGCGCGGAAACGCUAUUUCUCGCCAUAGAAUCCAAGUCGGAAACGCAAUCGCGAUGUUAUGGCUGGUACAAAGGAUUCGUGUUGAACGUACUGGAUCAAUGUGGCGAGACCGCUUUCAUCAUCCGGAAGGAUCCUAGCUGGAUGCACGUGCCGUGCUCUCGACAGAGAAUCACAGUGGAAAGCGCGAAUCUCAUCGGCAGCGUGGAGGAGAACUUUAGCAUGGUGGGGCCGAGCUUCACAGUAUAUAACACGAUGAACGAGCCGCUUUGCAACAUAUAUGGACCUAACAUUUGCGGCUGUUGCAUGUACAAGGAAGCGCAGUUUCAGGUCACAUCGAUGGACGGAUCGCGUCAAAUCGCAUCACUGAUGCAUCAGUGGGAUCACUUGGCAGUCGAUUACAUCCUGUUGCUCACAUUCCCGAUAAACACAGACGUGAGAUUGAAAAGCCUGCUCCUCGGCGCAUCGUUUUUGAUAGAAUACUUGUAUUUUCAACGAAUAAGAAGAGCGUCCAGGAGGUAGACGUUAAUUAUAAAUAAUUUACGACUUCUAAAAUUAUUGCCUAUUCCGAUAUGCUCUAUCUGUAACGUGGACCGAGUGCAAAAAUUAUAAAUUUUAUAAAACUUUUUAAGAAAUGUCAUAUAACUGUAACCUUGCAUAAGUUGACAUAAAUUUACAUAAACUUUAUGUGAGUGAUAGACAAUAAUUGGAUCGAAUAGUUAUUAAAUAUAACCAUAAAUUUUAAUAUUGCAUAAUGCGAUAAAUACUCGCUGCAAGUGCCUGCAAGUACCUGCAAAGUGCAACGUAUAAAUGUGCAGGUUUCUAAAAUUUCUACGAAAUGCGCAAAAUGUAAAAUUUUUCGAGUUUUAAAGCGAGACAUCGAAGACAAUAUUCAGCCUUUCAACGCAAGCGGAAUUGUCAUGUAAUUUAUAUAAAAAUCUUCUUUAUAAAGAUGUUUGUAUUAUAUUCUACUCUUGGGUGAGUUGUUAUUAAGUUCGUGUCUUUUGUGUAGACACGUGUAUGAUAAAAUUUAUACGAUAAAAAUUAUAUAUUGUUAAAAAAUUAUGAAA